AGUAGAAGAUUUGUUCGUGCCUCAAAAUAUCGCCAUGUUUUCGCUCAACCUUCCAAAAAGGAACUCUGCUAUGAAAACCUAAGAAUCUCCAAAAAUGCCUGGGAUUCAAACCUACUCAAAGUAAACUCAAAGUUUCUCUCUGUCAACUGGGAUUCCUCUGGUGGUGGUGCUUUUGCUGUCAUCCCAUUGAACCAGCAUGGCAAGGCUCCCGAUCAGAUUCCUCUCUUCAGAGGCCACACUGCUCCUGUCCUAGACACUGACUUUGAUCCUUUCAACGACCACAUUGUAGCCUCAUGCUCAGAAGAUGGCAAAAUCUUCAUCUACAAUAUCCCUGAAGACUACUCCUUCCAUCUUCCUACUGAUCCAAAAAACAAGAAAAAUUCUGACCCCCAAAUUAAAGACAUCUACCCAUCUACAAAACUAUCUGGCCAUACAAGAAAAGUAGGCCACAUCAGAUUCCAUCCCAUCGCCCAAAAUAUCUUGGUCUCUUCUUCAAUGGAUUACACCAUCAAAAUUUGGAACACGAAAACUGCAAAGGUUCUUCAAUCUUUAAAACACAACGACGCGAUCACCUCCUUCUCCUUCAAUUACAACGGCGACCUCCUAGCUUCGGUAUCAAGAGACAAAAAACUAAGAAUUUGGAACAUAAGAACCGGCGCUUUGCUACAAGAAGGUCCAUGUCAUGGCUCCCCCAAGGUUUCAAGAGUCUAUUGGCUAGGCAAAAGCAACAGAGUCGUUACAACUGGCUUUUCAAGACUAUCCGAUCGUCAAUUCGCUCUCUGGGAUACAAACAACAUUCAAAAUGGUCCAAUCAAUGGCUUCCACACUGUUGACGUCUCCUCUGGUAUCCUAGUCCCCUUUUUUGACGAAUCAACUUCAAUUCUAUUACUCGCAGGAAAAGGCGAUGGAAACAUUCGCUACUACGAAUACGACCCCAAGGACGACCGCUUCUACGACAUCUCAGAAUUCCAAUCAAUUGAACCUCAAAGAGGUUUUGCCAUUGCUCCCAAAAGAUCCGUCAACAUAAAAGAAAAUGAAAUCAUUAAAGCCUACAAAACUGUUAAUGACAACUUUAUCGAACCCAUCUCAUUCAUUGUUCCAAGAAGAUCUGAAGUAUUCCAAUACGAUAUCUACCCUGACUGUCCCUCUCAAAUUCCUGCUCUAUCUCUAGAAGACUACUUGAAUAAUAAAUCUGUUAAUGGUCCUGUUCUAAUGAACAUGGAAUCGUUAUUUGAAAAUGAUGAUCCAAUUUAUACAAAUGCUCGAUCAAUUGAAUCCAAUUCAAUUCAAUCCAACCCAAUUCAAUCCCAACUUCUCUCCAAAAAAGUCCAAUCUAACACCCCUUCUCCAAUCAAUUCAUCACAAAACUCCUCAAAUACUUCUCUCUCAAAAACUAAACUAAAUGACCUAUUAGAGAAAAAGGAAGUCAAUGAUUUAAUCAACAAAGCCACUGAUCUAGAUAACGAAAAUGAGGUUCAAUUUGUAUCUUCAAAUUGGGAUGAUAAAAAACCUUCUCCAAAACCAACUCCAAUAGUUGCCGAAAAGAUUCCUGAAAAAGCUUCUCCAAAGUCUGCUUCAACAGCAACUCCAAAAAAUAUGGAAAAUAAACCUUUGAUUGAAACCGUCCCAGAAAAGUCUCACAAAAUUGAACCUAAUGAUCCUAAAAAAACUGAAAAAAAUGAAAAAAAUGACACAAAUGACAAAACUGAAUCAAUUAAACCUUCAUUACCAACUGGUGGGGCCACUAAUAAAGCAUUGGCUCUAAAAGAAAUUGUUUCAAAAUUAUCCGAUCUAAUCACAAAAUUUGAAACAGAAAUCUCUCUAUUAAAAGCAAUCAACUCUGAAAAGGAUAAAAGAUUACAAGCUUUGGAAGAAAAAAUCGAUUUAUUAUUAUCAAAUCAAAAUUAA